UGGUCCCAAUGAUUCCGGCCAGCUUUGGGUCAGCUCGUACGCGCCGGGCCAGGAUACUUACGCCAAGGUCACCGGGUCGCCAUGCACGAGGAAUCAACUGGAAUCAAGCUUCCUGCCGGGGCUGAUCCCAAUCAAUCUCCUUACUUUAUCCCGACGCAUGGGUCGACGACCACGCUGUUCCUACCGGUGCCGCUGGCUGGCCCUGGCCUGGCAUUCUGACCCGAGGCCCGGACGAGCCGCAGGUCCAGCCAAGGCACAUCGUGGCAGUCGCGCCGGGGUCCGCCAAGCUAGAGCGAAAGGACUCCUUUCUUCUCAGCUAUUCCGAGCAGCUAGUCUGUCCUUCACGCCUCCGCAGGCUCGCUUGUACCCAGCCCCCGGCUCCUCGCCCUUCUUCCGCCGUAGAUCGCAACAAUGGCUCGCCUUUCAUUCCUCGCCCUCAUUGCUUCCGCCGUGGUAUUUGUUGGCGUCCAGGCGGCGCCGGUCCCCAGCGAUGGUGGCCUCGUGUACGUUCGGCACAAUGCUGCCGGUGCCGGUGCUAGUGGUCAGGCCAGUGCCAGUGCCAGUGGCAAGGCAGCCAAGGCCAGUGCCAAAGCUGCUAAAGCCAGUGCCAAAGCUGCCAAGGCCAGUGCCAGUGCCACGGACAGUGCAGCGGAUUCCACCGCAACUGCCGCUAGUAGUGCAGCGAAUUCCACCGCAUCCGCCGCUAGCACUGCGGGUGGGACCGCCUUCGUUGCAGGGUCUUUCACGGAGCAGGCGUGAGUCUCAUGCUGGACCCACAGCAUAACGUGCUCAUUCGUCUCCUACGCAGCUACGCCGACUUCCAGAUCUCUGACGGUACCGGUGGAGAUGCUGAGGCACAGGCCAACGCUGUUUUCGUCGAUCCCU